GGAUCAGCUCGUGCCCUGAAAAUCACCGACGGUUGGGUGAUGCAUCGUGUAUUUCCGGGUACAUCGAAGAUCUGAACCGAGGGGUACCAACAGGGUAGACGCAACAGCACGAUCUACAACAGGCACGAAAGUUACACGCAGUGAAAUGGAAUGAGUAUUUCUCGCAGUUACAAAACAAUAUUGUGAGACGGAAAUCAUCAGUCUAAGGAUUUGUGGAUUCGUCGCCUCUUACAGACUUGUCAUCGAAAAACACAAUCACGAAAUUUAUUUUUGCAUAAUUAUAUAUACAUAUAGCACGUAAAGUAGUAAAGUUUGUAACUCGUAAGUCAAGAAAUCAACUUUAUCCUCUCAUUCUUAAAGAGAAGGAUUUGGCGUUAGGGAAUUGACGAAAUCUUUCUAAGAUGGUCGACUAGUACCCUUCAUAGAUCUGAGAUCCAAGAUAGAUAUUCGUCAUAUAGAUAUUUGUCUUGCCCGGAAAUCGCUGCAAGCAAACCAGUUAGUAUCGCAGAUAGAUAGAUUGUAGACGAGUAAUUACCGUCCGACCGCGUGUGUUUUGGGACAAAUAAUUGAAUGGAGCUGCAACUCAUGAUGGAUGGCGGCACCGAAACCCUAAACGGAACGAUGUGGUUCACCAAUUCGUCUCCGUCAUACGAGCAACUGUCCCCGGUUCGCCCAAAUAGAUGUGACAUUAUAGCCUCUUCCCAACAGGUAAUAUGGACCACAAUGGGAUAUCAUAGCCCACAAAAUUCUUUAUGGCAAGAUAAGCGCAACUCGCCAAAAAAUUCACCGAUUGGUGAUGAUCAGAUACAUUUGAACGGCGGCUCGCCACAACUUUCUUCUUCUGGAUCAUCCCCGAAUUGUGAACAAAACAAUUUGAAACGCCGUUCUACAGAAUCACUACAUAUUACGGACCUUGAAAAGAAACAUAUCAGAAGAGAUGGAUCCAUCGGAAGUAAUGGCUCUGGUCAAGGUUGGUCCACGCAAGUGGAGGAACUCGCGGAGCAUCUCGCCGCUGAUUUUGAUGGAUCGUUAUCCGCUCUCGCAGCAUCUGAUCUUGCAACAGCCGUCGCCUCUUAUACUAAUAUGAGUGAAGCCCUCCUCACUUUGCCGUCGUUAACAGUCUUCAAACAAGAGGCACCGUCACCUGAGAAUCAACAUAACAAUCCCAACUUGAAUCAUGUAUCGCAAAGAGCGAUCAACACAGUGCCGUCAAACAAUGGAAAUAUCGGCUCCGUCGAGGCUGACAGCAACAACAAUGGUCAAACCGCCGCUAGCCUCCACCAACUCCUAUAUUCUUCCAAUGAAGAAUAUCCGCCGACCGCAGCCAAUCAUGUUUCUUCUUCUCAGCAAGGAAACGAAUUGAACGAGGAUUGCCGGUUUCAGUAUGUCUUAGCAGCCGCUACUAGCAUUGCCACCAAGGUUAAUGAAGAAACGUUGACGUAUUUAAACCAGGGACAAUCGUAUGAAAUUAAACUGAAAAAAUUGGGUGAUUUGUCUGCCUAUCGCGGAAAGAUUCUAAAGGGACAUUCAACCUUUCUGUUCCAGUCAACGAUUCGCAUUUGCUUCCACGAGCGGCGACUGCAGUACACAGAACGGGAACAAAUGCUGGCCUGGCAACGUGCUAGGCCGGGAGAGAGAUUAUUAGAGGUUGAUGUUCCUCUCAGCUAUGGAAUGGUAGAUGUUUGUCAACCAUCACCGUCCAACAACAGCGUAGAGUUUAUGUGGGAUCCCACAAAAGAAGUCGGCGUUUAUAUUAAAGUCAAUUGCAUUAGCACUGAAUUUACACCAAAAAAGCAUGGUGGUGAGAAAGGCGUUCCCUUCCGAAUUCAAGUGGAGACUCGAUUACCAGGAGGACCACGUCUGCACGCUGCCUCAUGUCAAGUGAAAGUUUUUAAAUUGAAGGGAGCAGAUCGCAAGCAUAAACAAGAUCGAGACAAGAUAUUGCGACGUCCUCCUCACGAACAAGAUAAAUAUCAGCCUAGUUAUGAUUGUACCGUCCUUUCCGAUAUUCCUCUGGAAUCUUUAUCGCCUACAAAUUUACCAACGCAAAAUGGUGGAAGUCCUUACGCCUCCACAGAUGCAAUCGUUGUCAGAGUUCUGCACGCGGUUCUGGUGGGAGUUUACUCUGGUAUAGGAUAGUGGCAGUGGUUGUGUCUCCGUCAGGAGUUCACUCCUGUGUAGUGGUGAACGGGAAGUGGGGGACACAGAGGUAGAUGCCGGGCAUCGCCGCCAAGAAACUGGCUUGAACUGGCGCGAGCCGGCAUCUCUGUCUUUCCGCCGACGGCAGUCUCUGGAUGGAGGGGAAUUGGAGAACCAGCAAAGAGUGAGGGAGAAAGAAGAAGAGAGAUACUACGAAAGAGGGAGAUAUAACGCGUACGCGAAUAAAUACAGAACGCCUUGUAUUGCGCGUAGCUGGUGUUACUUUCGCGUCUUCAUCAUCCUACUGACUCCAUUCAAGCGCAUCCACGGGCUUCGUGCGAUCGUAUCGUCGAACAUCGGAAUGACAACCACUGCCGUCGUUGAACACGUACUUCUCCUUUGUUUUACGAGCAAACCGAUGACCGGCAUCACGCGUCGUUCGCACAACUGCCUGCGAUAUUUACCAAUCGGCACCUCGCCGGCGCCGAAAAACUGUAUAAUUUGCUUCUCUUGACUGGAUCGGAAAUUGAUAUCCUACCGAGUUUCGCGUGCGCAACCUUGAAGCGACUCCGCCGGGCAUCACUCGGGAAGAAAGCGGCUGAGCUUGCAGUCGCUCAGUUGCAUCGUGCGCGCGAGAACCGGUACCAGCGCGAACCGGUAGUUCUUCAACUUGUUUUCGUUCGAGGCGUUUCAGAAUAAUGUAAAACUCUUGCAGAGAAAGAUUGGGUUUCUUCAGCGAUUUUAUCUGCGAGUCGGUUUUCUUAAUGCUCGUGCUGCAUUCAGUGCUUCAAUCCGGAGAGAAUUAAUUAUUUCCAGACUGAAAGACGAUAGAGGUGCAUUAAUUAAAGGUGAAGAGAAAAGAGUUCGUACUGGAGCUUGUUGUAUCCGGAUCUAAGUUUCUUCACAGUGUCUUCCGUGUGUCUUGAUUAUUCGCUUGACAAAUUUGUGUAAGGCUUGAUAAUUCCUGUUUGAACAAGUUACCUUAUUUAACGCAUCAAAUCAAGUGAGAAGAGAAGAGUGCGUCAAAGUUAUGUUUGAGAUAACCGAAUUAAUCUUUGUCCGGUAUAUUCUGAUAUGCGACAAAGUUCUGGUGAGUGAAUCCAUUUAAACGAGAAGCGAAUCGAUCGUAAGCACAAAUAACGCGCUCGACGAGGGACUGUCAUCAAUCGAAGCAGUUUAUUCUCGCGUUGUUAAUGCAUCCGAAUCCGAAUUGUAUUGUGAUCGAGGGCGACUUAGUAUUACGUUGUCUUUUAAACAAGUAGAGCUACUUCCCUGUCCCAUUCGUAGUGUUUUCUUUCUUUUUGCAAGGAGCUAAGUGUAACGCAAUCAAUCAACUAUUAGUCAUGCAAUAAAACUACUGACGAGAUCAUUUGUGACAGAUAGCUUAUGACAGCUCGUGGCCGUGUUUAAUAAUAACCACGAGUGAUGCAUCGAGCGGUCUUUUUCAAACGAUAGUGAUCUCCUCCGAGUGCAGUUAAACCGAGAUCUGCGAGUCGAUACAUCGUGAACGAAUAUCGUUCAGGAAUGCACCCGUUCGUCGUAACAGACAAUCGACUUCCGACAAAGUGUACGCGAGUUUCGCACGCACUUUUAGUUGCGUUGAUCGAUAAUCUGAGCUUCGUGAUAAUACGCGAUAUCCUGGCCAUCUACGUACUCCUGUCGCGGCAGGAUUAUCUCCUCAGAUGACGAGCAGCUUUACCGCCGAAAAGCUGAUGCCAGGGCGGUUAAAUUGAGUUUUAUAACCAAGGCAUGUCCUGUUCUCCUUGACUGAUAGGGAUUGAAAACUGUCAAGUAGAAAUCAAAUUAAGGGAAAAUAAACACAGGAGAAGUUGAGGAGAGAUUUCAAUGGAAUAAAAAUUUUUCUGAAUCAGAAAAGAAUAUCCAAUUUCAAGAAAGCUUAAUUAGAUUUUAUGAAAUCUAUCUAGCUUUAAAAGAAGAAAAUAAUAUAUUGCAGCCACUUACAAAGAUUAUUUAUCAAGAAGUGUCAAUGAGAUUAAUUACGCAGUUUGAAAUGAAUAAAUUGAUUCUGGGAGUGAGUUCAUCUUAUAAUCGAAACAUUUAUUUCUCCGUGCUACAACAGUAGAAGAAAAAAAUGUAUAACUUCGAAGUGCGUGAAGAGAAUUUUCUGAAGAAGAAGUAAGGUGGAUAUAUUUCACGUAUUGAAACGUUUCACAAA